AUAUUGAGACCCAUUCAAGAGGGCGUCAGGGCAGGCAGCAGCUCCACAGCCGGCUCAAGGAGUGAGGAUUAAUGAGGAUCACUGGAUUAAUGCAGACCAAGGAUUGUUAGGGGGUAGAAAAGCUGUGAAUUGGCGAUGCUGAGAAAGGGGGAGUGGGUCUGGGUGGACUCUGACAUCGGGGCACCCAUCGGAGCCAGGGUCAAAGAAACACCAUCUGGCCACCGGUUUCUGGUGAAUGAUGACGGAAAGGAAGAGAGUCUGUCCCCGGAGCUGGAGGCCUCCGUCAAGAUCAUGCACCCGACCUCGGUGGAAGGUGUGGACGACAUGAUCAAACUGGGAGACAUGACCGAGGCCGGCAUCCUCAGGAACCUGCUGCUCCGACACAGACAAGGCAUCAUCUAUACCUACAUAGGCUCUGUGCUGGUGGCAGUGAACCCGUACCAGGAUUAUCCGAUGUAUUCAGGCGAACAUGUGAAGUUGUACCAGGGUCGAAAGCUGGGCGAACGCCCUCCGCACAUCUUUGCCAUCGCCGAGUCCUGCUACACUAACAUGAUGCGCCAUCACAAAAACCAGUGCUGCAUCAUCAGCGGGGAAUCAGGAGCAGGAAAGACAGAAAGCACCAAGCUGAUCCUUCAGUACUUUGCAGCAGUCAGUGGAGGGCUCUCUAAACAGGAAAUUGAACACCAGAUCCUGGAGUCCAACCCAAUACUGGAAGCGUUUGGAAACGCUAAAACCAUCCGCAACGACAACUCCAGUCGCUUCGGGAAAUAUUUGGAGAUCUUCUUCAACAAGGACGGAGUGAUCGAAGGUGCUCGGGUGGAGCAGUAUCUUCUGGAGAAGUCUCGUGUCUGCCAUCAGGCCUUGGAGGAGAGAAACUACCACAUGUUUUACUGCAUGCUGGCCGGAAUCACAGCAGAGGAAAAGAGGACUUUGAGCCUUGGAGAUGCUAAGGAAUACACAUUCCUUUCCAAGGGCCAUUGUAUCGUGUGUGAAGGCAGGGAUGAUGCUAAAGACUACCAGCGAGUUCUCUCUGCUAUGAAAACCCUGACCUUCUCAGAGAGCCAGUGUCAGGAAGUCCUCAAGCUACUGGCGACCAUAUUACACCUGGGAAACAUCUGCUUCGAGGCCAACACAGAAAAUAACUUGGAAACCAGUGAUGUCAGCAAGACAGUGAACUUCAACAUGGCAGCGUCACUACUGGAGGUCAACAAGUCUUCACUGGGGACCAGUUUGACCCAUCGUUCCUUCAGGACCAACAGAGAGAGUGUGACCAAACCCCUCAGCUCCGAACAGGCCUCCGACUGCAGAGACGCCUUUGUCAAGGCAAUCUACAAUAAGCUGUUCAUAUGGAUCGUUGGGAAAAUCAACAGCGUCAUCUAUCAGCGGCUGAUCAAAAACCCCAAAUCCUCCUUCUUGUCCAUCGGCCUGCUCGAUAUCUUCGGCUUUGAGAACUUCCACAGCAACAGCUUCGAGCAGCUGUGCAUUAAUUUCGCGAACGAGAAGCUGCAGCAGUUCUUCGUGGGCCACAUCUUCAAGCUGGAGCAGAAGGAGUACCUGAAGGAGGACAUUGUGUGGAAAAACAUCAAGUUCAGCGACAAUCAGAACAUCCUGGACCUCCUGGCCGGGAAACCCUGUAACGUGCUGGCUCUGAUUGAUGAAGAGAGCCACUUCCCAAAGGGCUCAGACAUCACUAUGCUGAACAAGAUGAAUAAGCAACACAAGAAGAACAAGGUCUAUGUUGGCUCCAGAAGUGAACAUGACACAUACUUUGGGAUUCACCACUUCGCAGGCAUGGUUUACUACGACUCCAAAGGAUUCCUGGAGAAGAACAGAGAUGGCAUCAGCUCUGACAUAAUCAAGAUGGUUGAGAUGUCCAAAAAUAAGCUGCUUCAUCAGAUAUUCGAGAAUGAGCUUUCAACCAAUGGGUUGAAGGUAGCCAACAACAAGAGGGUCAUCAUUACACCUAAGAGCUCUCUGCGGGCCCAGGGUGACAAGCGCAAACAAGUGCCGACACUGAGCGGCCAGUUCCGUCAGUCUCUGGACUCCCUCAUGAAGACUCUGUCCGCCUGCCACCCUUUCUUCAUCCGAUGCUUUAAGCCCAACAGUGACAAGCAGUCUAAGGUGUUUGACAGAGAACUCUGUAUGCGUCAGCUGAGAUACUCCGGCAUGAUGGACACCAUCCGCAUCCGGAGGCUGGGAUACCCGAUUCGCCACACAUUUGCCGAAUUCCUGAAGCGUUACAGGGUGCUCCUGAAGACGACCGACUGCAACCCCAAAAUCAUGGCAGCUUCUGCCUGUUGUGAUGCCAUCUGUAAGACGGUGAUUCAAGAAGAGGAUGAGUGGAAAAUAGGCCGAAACAAGAUUUUCCUGAGGGACGCCCAUGACGCUGUCCUGGAACAACUGAGGGAGGAGAAGCUCAACAGGGUGGCACGAGUGAUCCAGGGGGUCAUGUUGGCACAAAAAGACAGGAAGUCUUUUCUGAAGAAGCGAAAGGCAGCUGUGGUGCUGCAGAAGAACUGGAGGGCUUACGUGGCGCAGAGAGAGCUGAGAAAGCUGCAGCAUGGCUAUCGCCGGCUGGUCUCCAAGAUCCGUAGUCGGAAGCUCCAGUUACGGUACCGAAGACAGCAGGCGGCGGCGCUCACCAUACAGAGCCAGGUACGAGGCUACCGUGUGAGGAAGGACUGGAAGCAGAAGAGAGGGGCGGUCAUUCUGCUGCAGGCUCACACCAGAGGACUGCUGGACAGAAGAACAGUUGGAAAGAUGAGGAAAGACCGGCAACUUGCCUUGGAUCUUCAGAAGCAACUGAGCAUUAUCGCCCAGCCCGAUGAGGCUGACGAGGAGCCCGAGCCGAUCACUGAACAUGAUUCAGGAGAGAGCAGGGGCGAUGCUUCACCCACACCUUCGAUGCAAGAAGAACACGAAUCAUCAGAUUCAGAUGAAUCUGAGUCUAAUUUGAAGAGGAGUAUCACGCCAGAGCCUGCGGAGGAAAUCGUCCUUCUCAAGUCAGAGCCGGUGGAGGAACUGAUACCUCCAGUCUCGAGCUCACCAACCCUGAGCCAGUCAGAGGAGGAUGAUGACGCGUUUGAUGACGAAACUGAAGAGUUCUCAUUCUACAAGUUCAGCAUCCUCCACUUCCAGGGCAGCGCUACACACACGCACAUCUCCAAGAGACUCCAGCAGUCUCUGCUGCACCACGAUGACGAGGGCGAUGCAGUGGCAUGUGUGUCUGUAAACUGGAUUAUCCUGCGCUACAUGGAGGACCUGCCAGAACCUAAAUCGGCAGAUGCAACAUCUCUAGCGUCCAGCACCAUCUCUAGCAAUGUCCCUAACAGACGGGGCAGGAGGCUGAGCAACCUGGUGGGACUGGACCAGAAAAUACUGAGGAAGAGCAAGAAAAAGCUUGGAGGCGGAGGCAGAAAAUCUUCUGUUAUCCUAGAGGAGCCGGAAGACUUGACAGAGGAUGAGGACAUUUUGAUCGGAGAGGGUCCGAGGCUGCAGCGGCCACUUACACCCGUGGAAAAACUUAACAUCAUCAUCGGAUAUGCACUAUCAAGACCAAACAUAAGGGAUGAGAUUUACUGCCAGAUCUGUAAGCAGCUGGUGAGAAAUAACAACAGGAAGAGCCGUAUGCUAGGCUGGACCCUUCUUUCCAUCUGUCUCGGCAUGUUCCCCCCAACAGACCUCUUCAUGAAGUAUUUGGAGAAUUUCAUCCGCAAAGGGCCGAAUGGUUAUGGAACAUAUUGCACUGCGCGCCUGCAACGUAUAAACGCCAAUGGUGAAAGGAAAGAGCUGCCCUGUUGGGAGGAGCUGAAGGCCGCGAAGUCCAAGGAGCCCAUAGAGGUGUCUGUGACGCUGAUGGACGACCGCACUGUCAGUCUGAAUAUAGACUCAGCCUCCACUUCUGCUGAAAUCUGUCAAGCCCUGGCUGACAAGAUUGAUCUUCGAGACACAUACGGAUUCUCCCUGUACAUCAGCCUCUACGAUAAGAUGUGGUCUCUGGGCAGCUGUGGAAACCACGUGCUGGAUGCAGUGUCUCAGUGUGAGCAGGAGAUGACGAGGCAGGGCAAGGAUGAGAAGAACACCCCCUGGACGCUCUCCAUCCGCAAGGAACUUUUCACACCCUGGCAUGACUGCUCAAUAGACCCGAUCAGCACAGAUCUAAUCUACAGACAGGUCAUCAAGGGAAUCAAGUCGGGAGAUUACAUCAGUGAGAAGGAGGAUGAAUAUGUCCACAUGGCAGCACAGCACUACUACAUCCAGUUUGGCUCUGCGUUCAACAAAGACAACGUCCAGAGGGUGGUUGACGAGUGCAUCGCCACCCAACUCAUUGAGAACAAGUCUAUGUCGAGGUGGAUCCAGCUUGUCAGUACAGCGGUCUUACAGGGUCCCUAUGCCAACAGUAACCAGAGAAAAGAGAGAGUAAAAGCAGAACUGGUGGACAACGCCCGAGAUAAAUGGCCCCUUUUCUUCUCCAAGUUUUAUGAAGUAACAAUGACAUCAGGACCUCCUUUGCCCAAAAGCAGGUUUUUUGUGGCUGUCAACUGGAGCGGUGUCCUCUUCAUGGAUGGAAAAGACAAGAAACUCCUCGAGCUUCCUUACAUUGAGAUAAAGGAGGUGCAAUUGAUGAGUGAAAGCUAUUUAAGUGCUCAGUCAGUGACUUUGGACACAGUCAGAGGAGAGUUUGUCCUGGCGUCCGCGGAAGCUGCAGACAUGGCAGCACUUAUAAACGAACACCUGGAAGGGCUCAUACAGCACUCGGUGUACGCAAUGGCUAAGCAGGAUGUCAGCAAAUCAGAGGACUCCACGUUCCUGGUUUUUAAACGAGGGGACCUGCUGCUGGUAGAGAGAGACGAACACUCUGCUAAUGACAACUGGGUCAGAGCGACCAAUCAGAGGACCAGUAACAGCGGCACGGUCGACAAGGACGCAGUGAAGUUUCUGCCAACUCUCAGCAGGCCCACUGAAGACAUACUGGACCUGCUCAGUCCGCGCCCGAAGAAAACAACAACAGCACAAAACACCACACAGAGAGAGGAAACCUUGGCGCCCCUCUCUUUGAAAGAGUUUGCACUGGAGAACUUCAGGCUCGCAGGUAAAGAUGGCAGUCGGCCUGGUGCAUCCAGAGGGUUCGGCAGAGAGAAGCUGUGGAUUCAUUCCAGAGAGCCCCUCAAGCAGCCACUGAUGAAGAGCCUGGCAAACAACUCUGAACUCAGCAGCCGGGCCUGCAACGCCUUCACUGCUAUCUUGAAGUACAUGGGCGACUACCCCAUCAAGCACGCUCGCAGUCCGAUGGAACUGACUGACCAGAUCUUUGGCCCAGCUACCCAGCACGAAGUCCUGCAAGACGAGAUCUACUGCCAGAUUAUGAGACAGAUGACCGGCAACCACAGCAGGAUAAGCUUGGAUCGCGGGUGGCAGCUUCUGUGGCUGCUCACAGGCUUGUUCCCACCCAGUCCCAGUUUGAUGGGACACACUCAGCGCUUCCUGGAGACGCGGCCCAGAGAUCAGCUGAGUAACGCCUGCCUGCAGAGGCUGCUGGUGAUACGCAGUAAGGACCCAAGGAAGUGUCCUCCCCAUAUGGUCGAAGUGGACGCCAUCCAACAGAACAGCGCCCAGAUCUUCCAUAAAAUCCACUUCCCAAAUGACAGUGAUGAUAUUUUCGAGGUGACGUCGACGACCACAAACAAAGACCUGUGCCACGGUGUUGCCUCGCAGCUCAAACUGAACUCAGCUGACGGAUAUGGCCUGUACCUGAAAACACCGAACAAGGUUACUAGCUUGGAUGAGGAGCUGUAUUUCUUUGACAGUCUCAGGCAGACUUCAGACCUCCCUAAGAAAGUCAAAAAAGUGAAAGAAGCCGACCAGACCAACAUACCCUACCUGGUGAUAUUAAGGAGGAAGCUCUGGUUCAACGUGACCCCGGGGAGAGACCUGGUCGCAGACCUAACCUUCCACUUCCCGCAGGAGAUGCCAAAGUACCUGCGGGGCUACCACAACUGCAGCAAAGAGGACAUGAUCACCCUGGGCGGGCUGCUCUUCAGAGUGGAGGUCGAUUCAGACAGGUCACAGUUUGUCAUGAUCCCCAGAAUGUUGAGGCAGCUGGUUCCUGCGGACGAGAUCAAAAGCAUGUCCCCUGAAGAAUGGAAGAAGCACAUCAUCUCCUCCUACAACAAGCAGAGUGGCAUCACGGUGCAGGAGGCGAAAAUCGCCUUCCUGAAAGCCAUUUCGACUUGGCCAACCUUCGGCUGUGCCUUCUUUGAAGUUAAACAAUCAUGUGAAUCAAGCUACCCGAGCAUGGUUUUGAUCGCCAUCAGCAAGCAAGGUGUCAGCUUCAUAGACCCGCAGACAAAGGAGCUGCUGGUGAUGCACAAGUUCAAAAACAUCUCAGAUUACCACAGCAAAGGCAGCCGCUUCCAGAUGACCGUAGGCACCGUGAUGAAGAACGACUUCAUCUGUGAAACCUCACAGGCCAGAACGAUGGAAGACCUUCUCAGCUCGUACAUCAUCAUGUAUGAGAAGCUGACAAGCUUUGUACCGAGGAACAGCAUCUUUUUCUGAGGCUUCAGGUGGAAUAGAAAGUAGUGAAAUGUUGUGAUUUAUGCGAUCAAUAUCUUUACAUUAAUUUAUUUGUAGGACAAAUUGUCCCUAAUAAAGAUUCACUUCUGAGUGUUUUUUUUCCCUCUUUC